UCGUAGUUUUCUGAGCGCAUUUUGUGCAGGCAGUUUGCUGUUUUUGCGCCUUAAGGGGCUCCAGCGAGGAGGGGGCCCCCAAGCUCUGCCAUCUCUGCACUGGGCCUUUUCCAAGAGAACACAGAUGAGGAGAAAAUGGCAGCUGUGCCCCUAACAACCAGAUGGCAGGUGAACUGGACUUCCUUCCUUCUGGAGCUUUCUUACUAACCAGAGAGUGAAUGCCUUGGAAAUGGGUCCCCAUCUGGUCAAGAAGUCACUCACAUUUAAGGAUGUGGCUGUGAAGUUCUCGAAGGAUGAGUGGAAACAGCUGGUUCCUACUCAGAGGGCCCUUUACAGGGAGGUGAUGCUGGAGAACUAUCAAGAUUUCAUUUCUUUGGGACUCCUACUUCCUAAAGCUGAUGUGAUUUUCCAGCUGAAGAGAGGUGAUGAGCCAUGGAAACUUGAGUUUUGGGAAGCUGAAGAGAGAGACGUCCCAAGAGGUACUUCUCUAGGUCUGUGUGAGCCAGACCAGAAGGGUAGACUUGAUAACCAGGACUCAACUCAAAGGCAGAAUGUUUCUGAAAAUGUAAAGUCACAAGAGACAUUAAUAGACAAACUCAGGAAAGAUGUUCUGGGUCCUGUACUUGGCCAAGAAAACCCUGAGGGCACAAUGAAGGAAAAUCCUUCAGGGGAGACUCCAAGGGAAAAGGACCUCAGACAAGUGUCUACUCCUGCCAAAAAAACUGACAGUAAAGGAAGAAGCUUUAAGUGCGGCGUAUGUGGAAAGACACUGUUCAUCCACUUGUCCCUCACUCGCCAUCAGAGGACCCAUACUGGAGAGAAGCCCUAUGACUGUGAAGAGUGUGGGAAAGCCUUUAGCUACAGGAGUUGUCUUAAGAAACAUCUUAUAUCUCACACUGGAAAGAGCCCUUUUGAAUGCAGUGAAUGUGGGAAAACUUUCUAUGACCGAUUAACCCUCACUGAACAUCUGAGAACCCACACAGGAGAGAAGCCCUUUCAGUGUAAUCAGUGCAGCAAGGCUUUCCUUGUCCAUUCCUCUUUUACUCGACAUCAGAGAAUCCAUUCAGGAGAAAGUCCUUAUGAGUGUACAGACUGUGGGAAGUCUUUUAGCCAGAAGAGCAUUCUCGCACGCCACAGGCUCACACAUACCGGAGAGCGGCCCUAUGCAUGCGAGGGAUGUGGCAAGGCUCUGUUUGACCGAGCCUCACUUAUUCGCCACAGGAGAGCCCACACUGGAGAGACUCCUUUUGGAUGUGACAAGUGUGGGAAAGUUUUCUUUGACCGUUCAUCCCUUAAUCAGCAUCGGAAGAUUCAUAGUGGAGACAAGCCCUAUAAAUGCACUGAAUGUGGGAAAGCCUUUCUCCAGAAAAGACGGCUUAUUCAACAUCAGAGGGUGCACACGGGGGAGAAACUCUAUGAAUGCAGUGUGUGUGGGAAAGAGUUCAGUUGCAAGUCAUCUAUCAUCCAACAUCAGAGACGUUAUGCCAGACAGGCUUCAGAAUAUCACUGGGGUGCUUCAGCAAGACAGGGGACCCCCAUAGAGACUUAGGAUGCUCUUGUUCAAGAUAACGAAGACUUAAUAUCUGAGCACUUCUAAAUACGCUUCUUCUCAUGCUUCCAUUUGGUACCAGUCUCAAUAAAAAGUUUCAAUGGACGAUGCCAUAAACCUCACCUGGGAUGCCUCAGAUUUAAGAUUAUACUCUGAGGAUACCCAGAAUUGUCAGAAGCUCUCCAAUCAGUAUGCUCUGUAAGUGUCUGAAGGGGACCCUCAUAUAAGCAUCAUAUAUUUUAUUCAUUCAUGCAUGCAUUUGUUUAUUGCUGGACUGAUUGCUCCAUGAGACAGGAACUAUUUCAUAUCUGUGCACUGCCGUUUUCUCAGUGUGGUGGCUGAAACUUAUUUCAUGUUUCUAUAUGAAUGAAUACCUAUCUGGUCAUAAGAACUUGAGUCCCAAAUCUAGCACACUUUUUAGAACCAGAAACUUCAGUAAGAAAAUAAACAUCAAGCUAAUAUCUGCUUAGCACUACAAA